AUGGGACGAAAAGAGCUUGAGGAAAUAUGCGACCGAUACUUGAGCCGCCGUGAAGAGCGCGAAAAGGCGGUCGAUGCCGUGGAAAGAUGUGUGAAAAAGGGCUAUGACUAUGAGCGGUUGAAGGACAAGCUGCUCGGCCUCGUCACCGACUCGCACAAGGCGCACAAGAUUAUCGACAAGGUGACAUCGCUGUACCCACAGCUUCGAAAGAGGACAAAGUUCGAAGAAAAUCGUGAAGGGCCAAGCGGGGAAAAGCGUCGGCGUGAUGACCGUGAAGAUCGCGAGAACCGACGGGGAUCCGAUCGAGACCGGGAUCGGGAACGCGAUCGUGAUAGGAGCCGCGUCGAGCGAGAAAAGGAGGAACAGCAACGGAAACGCGACAAAAUCGGCUAUGGCGACCCGUUCGCUGGACGCAACAUCAGCGACAGGGACAAGGAACGAUUGAUCAAGAUGGCGCAGGCCGAAUUGGAUCAAAAAAAGAAACAUCGCGAGGAGAACAAGAAUUUCACAGUUACCGAGGAUGAUUUGCGUGCCAAGGAGUUGAUGCUUGUCGCCCAGCAAGAAAUAGAGGAGCGGAAGAAGCAGUUUACUUCUCUCGUGACCGGAACUGUGCCUGACGACAAUGAACCCGUUUCACGGAACCCUUCAACAGUGCAACUGGGUAUUCUACGACCUCAAGAAGCUGCUCUCUUCGUCAACUAUUCGAUGGACAAGAAGAGCCGCAUUGAAGAGCUUAAGGCAAAAUUAAACGCGAGCAGAACGCUUUCUUCUAUCGCACCCGUUGUACCCAAGAAAGAUACGGCUACAGCAGAAGAGAAGAAGCAGACGAGGAAACAAUUGCAAGAGGCACAAUUCGAGGUCAAAGAAUACAUGGACCCGAGGAUUAUCGGCCGAGCGCCCGGGCGUAAAGCUCGAGUCUUCAAUUUCCACGAAAAGGGUGAAUUUGAGCGGUUGGCGAACAAGCAGCGGGCAAUGGCCAAGCUGGAUUUGCUGCAGGCUGAAAUUUCUGAAAAAGCCAACACGACCGGUAUUUCGUCGGCUGUAAAAUUGGCCAUGGUGACGCCAGCCACGCAUGCGACGACGAUUCCCGAUAUUGAGUGGUGGGAUCAGAUUGUGCUGGAGAAAGACAAUUACGACGAAAUCCCCGAAGAAACUGUGCCUACCCGCUACUCCGAGACCGUCACAAACUUGGUCGAACAUCCGACCCAACUGCGGCCGGCCACUGAACCUCACUCCGCCCAAUUCCUGCGCACCUACUUGACGAAGAAGGAGACGAAAAAGAUUCGCCGCCAGAAUAGGAAAGAAAUGCAAAAAGAGAAGACUGAGAAGAUUCGUCUGGGCCUUGAGAAACCGCCAGAGCCGAAGGUAAAAUUGAGCAAUUUGAUGAGGGUGCUCGGCAACGACGCCGUCCAAGAUCCCACCAAGAUGGAGGCCCACGUGCGGAAGCAGAUGGCCGAAAGAAUGAAAAAGUAUGGUAUCGACUUUAGGUGG